AUGUUCUUUCUCGAAAUUCCCGUUGUUGAGCACUGGUAUGAAGAGCAUGAGAAAUACGAAUACGAAACUCCUGGCUGGCAGUGCGGAACGAAUUAUUUUACUCAAGUAAUUUGGAGAGAAACUGAAGAGGUCGGAAUAGGACGAGCGUUUGUAGAGCCCGAUACUGUGGAGAACCAAAAUAGGAAAACGCCUCUGAGAAGUGGCAAACUAGCAUCACCAGGCGACCAAGUAAUUGUAGCGUUCUAUCGUCCUGCUGGUAACAAUAACCGAGCAGGACAAUUUGCUGGUAAUGUGCUGAAACCGCUGCGACGAGACGAAUCAUAUACGGAAUAA